AUGGAAAUGACAACGUUUUGCGAAGAGUGAGAGUGUCUGACUGGAUAAUGAGAUGGAAAUGACAUCGUUUUGCAGGGUCGGGGUGAAAAUGACUAUGCCUGCAGUUCCCAUGCCAAGGGUUUACGGACAAACUGCUCUCAGUUCCUGAAGAACGUUUCAGUCACCUUAGAGGGAUUGCUAAGCAACCAUGGUUGGAUUCCUAUCCGUUUUCCACAAAUCUAAGACUAGAAUCAGCUUUAGAGUCUAUUCUGCUAUACAACACUCUGCAUCUAAAUUCUGUUACAGACAUGCCCAUCUAUCUAAUUCAAUUAACCCAAUCAUUUCCCCCUCAAUUCGUCCCAAUUUCGGUUCGACAAUAUCUUCUACUCUGUUUUCUGCACUUAGGUAUUUAUCAAAACACCCGAACUUCUCCAAUCUCACAAAAAGAGGAACUGGGUUCUCCUUAUUUUGCGUUUUGGGUGGUGAAUCUAGGAUUUUCUCAUCUGGAACCCUUCUGAACCGGACCAGUUUUAGAAAUCCGAUCAGUAAUGGAAGAUUGAGAAGCUUCAGCUCUGAAUCUUACCGGGAAUCAAUAAACUAUGAUGUUGUUAUUGUGGGAGCGGGGCCUGCUGGGUUGUCAGCUGCAAUCCGUUUGAAGCAGUUGUGCCAAGAAAGAGAUGUUGAUUUAUCAGUCUGCGUGGUUGAGAAAGGUGCCGAAGUUGGUGCACAUAUCAUAUCAGGGAAUGUUUUUGAGCCUCGGGCACUAGAUGAACUUCUCCCUCAAUGGAGACAGGAGGGGGCCCCGAUCAAUGUUCCUGUUUCUGAUGACAGAUUUUGGUUACUUACGAAGAAUCAUGCUUUCUCACUUCCAUGCCCAUUUGAUAAUGAUGGCAACUAUGUGAUCAGUUUGAGUGAGUUAGCACGUUGGAUGGGAAGGAAGGCGGAAGAAUUGGGAGUCGAUAUAUACCCAGGCUUUUCGGCUAGUGAGAUUUUAUAUGAUGGGAAUGACAAGGUUGUUGGGAUUGCAACUAAAGAUAUGGGUGUUGCUAAAGAUGGUUCAAAAAUGGAAAACUUUCAGCGUGGUGUUGAACUGAAAGGGCAUAUUACACUUCUUGCUGAAGGAUGUCGAGGGUCAUUAUCAGAGAAAAUAAUGAGACAUUACAAGUUGAGAGAAAAAGAAAAAGCAGAACAUCAGACAUAUGCUAUAGGCAUUAAAGAGGUGUGGGAAAUUGAUGAAGGAAAGCAUAAACCUGGUUCUGUGCUUCACACACUGGGAUGGCCACUUGACAGUAAAACCUAUGGUGGAUCUUUUUUGUACCAAAUGAAAGAUAGACAGGUUUCCAUUGGCCUUGUGGUUGCAUUGGAUUAUCAAAAUCCUUUCUUGAAUCCAUAUGAAGAAUUCCAGAAAUUCAAACAGCAUCCUUCUAUUAAACCUCUAUUGGAAGGUGGAACUGUUCUCCAGUAUGGUGCUCGUACUCUGAAUGAGGGUGGUUUUCAGUCUAUUCCAUAUCCAGUUUUCCCGGGUGGAGCAAUUAUUGGAUGUUCUGCUGGGUUCCUAAAUGUGCCAAAAAUAAAGGGAACACAUACUGCAAUGAAAUCAGGAAUGCUAGCAGCAGAAGCUGCAUUUGGUGUGAUUAAUGAAAAUACUAGUAUGGAAACAUAUUGGGAGAAGUUGAAGAAGUCAUGGAUAUGGAAAGAACUUUACAGAGCUCGGAAUUACCGUCCGGCAUUCAAGUAUGGGCUGAUCCCUGGUGUGGCGUUUUCUGCCAUAGAGCACUACAUUCUGAAGGGGAGGUCCCCAUUAACAGUGAAACAUGGAAAACUUGAUCAUGAAGCAACAGAUGCUGCAAGAUUACACACUCCUAUUCAAUACUCCAAGCCAGAUGGGUUGGUUUCAUUUGACGUACCAACUUCUCUGUACAGGAGCAACACAAACCAUGAACAUGACCAACCAGCCCACCUUCAUCUGAAGGACCCCAGCAUUCCUGAACUUGUAAAUCUGCCAGAAUUUGCUGGUCCUGAGUCACGUUACUGUCCAGCACGUGUAUAUGAGUAUGUCCCAGAUGAGAAAGGCCAGCAGAAGUUGCAAAUUAAUGCUCAAAAUUGCCUGCACUGCAAGGUAUACAAGGGACAGUGGGUCCACCUCCCCCAAAAUUUGACCACGAAAUGAGUUGCCACUUGGUAGUUAUGGGCUGCCUGUUGUGAACGGCCAAGUGCAACACGCAUUGCACUUCUGACUUCCUUUUUCAGAAGUUAAAGUGGUGGAAAGAGGAGGCCUGCAGUUGAGUUUAUUAUGAUUUGAGUUUGAGAAAUUGGUUGUCCAUUGAGUUUUACUGCAGCUGGAAUGCUAUUACUAAAUUCUACUGAAACUUUGAUGGUAACCUGCUAUGAUUGAGUUAUUUUGGUAAGAAUUGACCGGCAUAUUUUGUGUCUUUUUCUAAAAUAUAUCAAAAUGGUUGAGGUGGAUUAGUAAACUAUCUUAGCAGUCUAGUUGUGAGCUCUGAAAACCCCAGGUAGAGUUACUCCGAUAAGACGAGGCUUUGUGGGUGAUUUUUCAGUUUCCGUUCAAGAUAUUAAUUUUCAUGAAUUUUGACGCUUGAUUAUUCUUGGACAAAAUUAUGAAGUUGGUGAUCUAAA